CCUCAGAGUGAGACUCAGCUAGUCCGCAACGGUUGCAGUAAAUGACGACAUGUCGUCCAAUUAGCUGUCGACGUUGUUCUAAGCGCUAAACCUCCAAGUUAGGCCACCUGCCCUCCCCUUCUCUCAUUCCCCUCAUUCAUUCAUUGUUUCCUUCAUUGGAAUUCCAUUCCCAAUCGCAAAUGCCAACAAUGCCUUCGUUAAAACCAAAGCCCCGCAUUAUUCUCCUCCUCCUCCUCCUCCUAUAAAUCUCGCCCACCCGCUUCUCUCUUUUGAUCGCCACCGAAACAAAAUGUCUCCCCUCGGCGGCAAAAACUCGCCGGCGAAUCAAACCCUCACCACCACCACCGCACAGGACGCUCGCCUUCUCGUCCGCGAAACGCUCCGUAUUAGCGCCACCCUCGCCUCCUCCUCCUCCUCUGCUCCUCCGGCCGAGCCUCUACUCCCUCUCAACAACCGCAACCACCAGCUUCGGCUCGACAACGACUUCGUCGGCUCUAGCUUCAGAUUGAUUUGCUGCGAGGAGAUCGACGGCCGCAGAUGGAACUACGUGGCCGAGCCUGAUUCCUCCACUGGAACCUUCAAGAAGGGCUCCUUCCGUGCCCUCGGCUUGCACAGUCCUCAACCUCCUCUCGAAGGUUUGAAGUCAUUUGUGACAUCAUAUGUUGUUCCGGAAGGAUUUCCAGAUAGUGUGAUCCCUUCAUAUGUACCGUAUAUGACGUGGAGAGCUCUCAAGCACUUCUUCGGAGGGGCAAUGGGCGUUUUCACAACGCAGACCCUCCUGAGUUCAGUUGGAAUUGCUAGAAACACAUCUGCUCCUGGGGCUGUUGCUAUUAACUGGAUUCUCAAGGAUGGUGCUGGUCGUGUUGGAAAAAUGCUUUUUGCCCGACAAGGAAAGAAGUUUGACUAUGAUCUAAAACAGUUACGCUUUGCGGGUGAUCUUCUUAUGGAGUUGGGUGCUGGGGUUGAGUUGGCAACUGCAGCUGUGCCGCACCUUUUUCUUCCUUUGGCUUGUGCAGCUAAUGUGGCAAAGAAUGUUGCUGCUGUAACGUCAACAUCAACUCGUACACCAAUUUAUAAAGCGUUUGCUAAAGGAGAAAAUAUUGGGGAUGUGACAGCUAAGGGAGAAUGUGUGGGCAAUAUUGCAGAUCUGCUGGGAACUGGACUGAGCAUAUUGAUCUCAAAAAGAAAUCCUUCAUUAGUGACCACAUUUGCCCUCCUUUCCUGUGGAUAUGUGCUCAGCUCUUACAAAGAGGUUAAAUCUGUAGUGUUGCACACUUUAAACCGAGCAAGAUUCAGCAUGGCUGUAGAUGCCUUUCUUAAAACAGGGAGAGUUCCCUCGUUGCAGGAGGGAAACGCGAAUGAGAAUGUAUUCAGUUUUCCGUGGGUGAAAGAUGGGCCUGUUGUUCUCGGGCCAAGAUUUAAAGAUGCAUUCCAAGAACCAAGUGUAUAUCUUGCCUUAGAGCCCUUCUUUGAGAAAGAGAGAUAUGUUGUUACGUACAAUCCUUCAAAAGGUAAAGUAUAUGCAUUGCUAAAGGAUCAAGCGAAGUCGGACGACAUUCUAAAAGCAGCUUUUCAUGCUCAGGUGCUUUUGCAUUUCAUGCGUUUAUCCUAUGAUGCUCAGCCCCUGUCUCAGAAACAGAUAAAAGAUGGAUAUUCAAACUUUGUUCCUACAGCGAAAGAUCUGGAGGCAUAUAUUGUUGAGUCAUGUAAAAUGGUUUCACAUUCAUAUGGAAUUUUUAAGAGUAAAGCAGCAGAGCAGGGGUGGAUGAUGUCAGAAGCGCAUCUGAAUCCUGGUCGGGCUCGUCUUGUUAAGUGAUCAAUUUUAUGGAACCCAGUCUCCCUGCAAAAUUAGCUUUCACACUCCCAAGUCCAAACAGCUUUAACACUUAUUACAGUUAUACCAACAGAAACUUGAAACUAGAGAAGAGGGAAAAAGAAAAAAGAAAGGGCUUUGCGUGAUAUCACCGGGACCAUGGAAACCAUUUGUGACAGAUGCCGAAAUGUUCUCUGCUCCCAGACUCAAUGGCUGGCAUGCUUGGUGAAGACUGUUUUAUGUGAUAGAAAUGAGUCUUAGUAUAUAGUGGAUUAAUGCAGAGGCAACUGGAGACUGCAUACUCCUUUUUCUUCCUUUUCCUAUAGGGCUUUUGUUAUGUUUUUUUUCUUUUUCGGUCACGCUUGCUCUGUAGUACUGCAGAAUCCCGGCAUAUUAUCGUUAAAUAUAAUUUUGUAUUGGCCAGUGAUGGAGAAUUGGAGAUGGCCUUUCUUUUUUUC